AUGAAGUUCGCUCUCUAUCCACACCGAUGUCCUGUGUCUCCGGUGACCCUCAGUGCCGUGGUCGGUGUGAUCCUUAGUGUCGUCUGGCAUCUGCCAGCACCCGUCGAGGCGUUCGAUGUGCUGUUCGGCUAUAACGAAAGUGAAUAUUGGCGAAUCCCGGCGCUGCACGUGUACGACAGCAUCGAGCAGUGUCUGCACAACAAACCGCGGGGUGUGUUCUGCAUUGCGAAGGUGGUGAUUAAACCGGACGCACGGUCGGAAAUUUGGGGGCUUGUUAAAAAAUAUUCCAAAUACACGUUUCAAUACAACCACGAUGUGCUUACGCGCGGAGUGUGUCUCGAGCGGUGUGCGAGUGUGCUGGAAAAGCUUGGUCCUUCCGCCCACAAUUACUAUGUGCCAAAGUUUAAUGUGUCGAAACGGUUUACCAUUUCCGACUGGUUGCUACCCAAUGUCACGGAAUAUCGUGAAUCGUACGGUCAUAUGAUCAACGUGUGCCAAAACUAUGAUCUUCGCAAACACUACAACCUCACCGGAUACGCUGAGAUAGAGGAAUGCACCACCAACGACAACCUGCAUCGUCCACUGGACAUCCUCGAUGUUUGUUAUUUAACACUGCUUGCAACACUGGUUACACUUGCGAUUGGCUCUCAGUGGUACGAUAGCAAGCUAGCACGAGCUUCCGCCGAUGAGAACCAUUAUACUAGUCCACUGAAAAGUCGUGCAUCGACACUGGCAACGGCUUUCUCAAUCCGUCGAAACUGGGCUCGACUCAUGCACAAAUCGACGCGCUGCCAGUACCAGCAGGAUCUGGACUUUAUUGAUAUGCUUCGGGUGCUGAUGAUGAGCCUGAUACUGUUGAUGCACGUGUUGAUUGGGAUGGGAAUGUGCACCUCACAGAACCCACUGGCGAUGGAACAGUUUUCGUCACAUGUCGCCACGCAGAUGAUCUUCUCGCUGAGCCCGUUCUUUGUGGAUGUAUUCCUCUGCAUCAGCGGGCUACUCCUGACGGUGCAGUUUCUACAGCACACGGAAAACAAGCGCUUCCGCCUCGGUAUCCUGUGGGAGGGACUUGCUAAUCGUUAUCUUAGAUCGUUUCCCGUGUACGCGGUUCUGAUGCUGUUCACCGUGUCUCGCUACGACACGUUCCAAACGACACCAUCGGGUUACAGAAUCAUGUCAAAGGUGCGGCUUAUCUGUCGCAAAAAGUGGUGGAUCAACUUUCUGUACAUCAACAACUACUAUCAGCCCGAGGAGCAGUGUCUCAUCCACACGUGGUACCUGGCAGCGGAUUUUCAACUGUUCGUCGUUGGCCUAGCGCUGCUGACGUUUCUGUGGCGAUUCCCAAAGGCCACGCUGUGGACGAUCGUGCCAUUAGGUGUGCUGGGAUUUGUGAUGCCAAUGGUGAACACCUACGUGCACGCGGUGGACGCCAUGAUGCCGCUGACGUUGAAAGGCAACGAGUAUCAGCUUUGGUACGAUCGGUACUUCGUCCCAUCGUACCAAGUGACGGAAAUGCACUUUGCAGCGUAUUUCGCCGGAAUGAUCAUCGGGCUGCUCUACCAUAAAACCACGAACAAGGAUAUUGUCCUACCGCUUGUAACUAUACGCAGAAUGUUCACCAUGUCGUGUAUUUUGAUGGUCUGCUUCGCGUUGCAUGCGCCGAUCUACAACAUUAUGCAAUUCUCCAAACCUUCCAUCUGGAUGGCGGUCGUGUCCGGCGCGCACAAGGUUACCAUAGCAGUGUUUUAUUCGCUUAUCAUGCUGCUGCUCGCAUUCCACGAUCGUGAUUCAACCAUUCGACGAUGGUUGCGGGGAAAUGCGCUCAGUCGAGCGAUGGCACGGCUCGGUUUUGGGUUCUAUCUUGUGCAGAUGUCGGUGCUGAAGAUCGUUUUCGCUAACUACCCGGAGGAUACGCGCAUCAAUCGUCAGCUGGUCGUUACUACAUUCUUCUCAACAUUCAUGUUAUCGUACGCGAUCGCACUGGUGGUGUUUUUAUUCGUGGAGAAACCGUUCGAUAUGCUGCUCAAGGUACUGCUUGAUUCGGGCAGAAAAAAGGAAGUGGUGGAGAAAACAUCCUCCGUACAAGAAUCGAACAGCAUUUCUGUGAUAUCUUCGGUAAUAGCAGCAGAUCAGUUGAAAGCGAACGGACAAGGAAGUAACGGGAGCGAAAAUCGCUGAUAAAAAGCCCAAAAUGGGAGCAUAUAAUAUAUUUGCUAGCAUUUAAUUGUGAAUUGUUAACGAGAGUGAUUUUCAAUGCAUCCAAAUACGGUAGCUAACUUUGAUUCUUACAAAGAAAACAAAAAGAAUGUGGAAAGUUUGUGUUUUAGAAAGCUAUCCUUCUGCAUCUUAUGAUAAUACUCAGCAAGUGCUAGAUUUAAUCAGAUUUUAGGCUGUUUUUAACUGUUCGCUUGCUGAUGUCUUGUUUUUUAGAUCCUGUAAAUUAGAUAAUCAAAUUUAAUCAUCAUCAAAAGUGCACUUUAGUCAUUAAGAUCGUCUUACCGAACACGCGCUUAAAAAUGGCUGCGGCUGGCAGCUCGACCAUCAAAGCCAAUACCAUCGCUGCACUGUAGCAAACGAUCCACGUAUAAGCUAUUGACUCGAACUGCAAACAAAAAGAAGCCCUGUAAUGAAAGUUUGUCACGUGUGUCGGUGUGUGGUAUGCUUACAAAAAUUCCCCAGUCAAAAGGAACUCCCGUUCCGGUAGCAUUCCGUGCUAGGCCCUUCAACACACAGAACUGCACCAUGAAAACGCCAAAGGAAAGUCUGCUGAUCACCAACAGAACCGGGUGGAAAUGUACCCACGAGUGACGGCCACGCCACACGGUUGCACCGUACAGGAUAGCGAUGGCACACAUUGCGCCCCAGCAACAACGGUGCAAUGCGCCAUAGAUUGCAUUCCACAGCAGCGGUUGGCUGUAGUCCAGAUCGUAGAACAGAGGUGCUAGUGCCGCCUGUAGGAGCACCAUCGAUGGAGGAACCCACCGUAACAGCCAUGCGGUCCUUCCCGUUGUUAGACCGGUAACCGAAGACGCCCUAUACCUUUGGUAAGCGAGUCCAGCAAAUAUGCCACUAAAAUAGCUGCAAGUGUGCGGAUGUGCGAGCAUGUAAUCGUUCUCCAGAGUGCGGUGUGCGUAGAAAACAAAUCGUAAUUGUCUGGAAGAUAGGUACCGAG